UGGGCCUGAAAAUACUUCGGAAUUGAAAACAAAGCCACCAUUUGCUUGGGGCUAAUUUGGGUGUGGGAGUGUGCCUGUGAAAUUGAUACCUGUGUGUGUGUAUGAUUCUGACGCGUCAACAAAUACACAUGACACUAUUAAGUGCUAAUUGGCCAGGCGGAAGUGCAAAAAGUUUAGAUGUGCGUGUGUGAGACCGUUAUGUAUGCCAUAAAAUACUAGUGGCACAGUUUGCGUUAAAAACCCGUUAAUGCUGACUCGUUUGCCUUGCUCCAAUUUGCUCGAAAAAAGCGAAAACUCAUCUAGCAAGCAAACUCAAGAGCAACAACAACAGGUUAAUGCUUCUCAAACAGCUGUUUGCCGGUCUCUCUGGCUCUCCUUUUUGAUCGACAGCGGACAUCAGUGGCUCUCAAAAUGUAGCUCUGGCAAGUGAAUGUAAAACUGCACCAAAGAUGCAUUUCAUUUGAUGUAAGUUCUUUUGUACUCUUCCCAAAUAAAUGAAGCAACCUAAAUCAGGUUUAUUUGCGGUACGCCUGCUGUCUGCCUGUGUUUGUGCACACUUUGCAUAUUUAUGACCAAACUGGUUCUUCUUUUGGCAACGGAACAUCUUUCACUCUUUCCAAGAACAACAUUCUCCUCCGGUCAUCGGUGGUUACAAAAUUUACGCAACAAGCGGCGAUCGCGGUCGCUGGCCUCUCCACUCAACGAGUUUGCUAAAACCCCAAAAAAAAUAGCAGGUGAAAAAAUAAAACAAACACCGAAGCUAUAAGUACGCUCAGAAAAUAAUGAUGUUAAAGGGAUACAUUAUUUUUUAUUCCAUUGAGGCAAAUUAUUUGAAAAGGAAUUUUUAGAAGGAAAGCAAAAAGUUUUUAGCAGAUUAUUAUAUUUUUAAUAUUUUCUUCGUAAUGAAAUACCUUAUGAAAGAGUAUAAGAUAAAGCCGAACCCGCUGUCACCCAUUUUGGAAACCAGAUACAGAUACGGGGACAAAGACAGAUAUACAGAGACAACUACAGAUGCUCGCUGGCUGCUGGGAAGAGUCGCUUCAGUUGAGUGCCUCCAUUCCCCCAGAGCAAACCGUUCCCGCCAGAAGAAAGUAAGAAAACGCAAGAAAUGCGCAGUGGGCUAAUGCUUCGUCCAAUGCUGGUGGUGCUUCUAGUGGGUCACCUAGUGGCUCCAGUGGUGCCAGCUAACCUACUGACCAGCUAUCUGCCCGCCUCCAUGCAGGCCUUGGCAUACUAUAUAGACUUGCUGCAGUACGAGCCACUAUCCAGCACAACAGUGGAGCCUCCUUUCAGUGCGGAUGAUGAAGGAGUGGAAUCAACCACCGCCAGUCCGCGACCAUCCACACCGUUGCCCACGAGAAUGAAAACCUCUACAACAAGGCGACCGAUUGGAGGAGUUGUGUCUGGAUCUGGUGGCAUGGGCUGGUGGCAACCGCCAAGUUGGUGGGAGACCCCGCAUAGAACUUCCACUACCGAGAGACCCACAUCCCCACCCACUUUGCCGCACCGUCCGGCAAUUUUCGCACCAGCCACCCCGCCGGAAAAGUCUCUUGAGGGCAACGAUCUAUUUGCAGAAAUCGGAGAUGAUGAGGACUUUGAUGACCUGUCUUUGUCUUUGAUCCGCGAUAUUCAAAACGAGCGCUACGACUUUACCAACGACGUGGAGUCGCUGGAUAACUUUUUGCGCCUCUACGACGAUAAUUACGGAAGGGCAGCUUUUGGUUCUGAGUCCGCGAUGGAUCGAUGGAGUACCGCCUCGAUAGCUGGCAAAAAGCGGGUUCCCCCCACAAAGCCCUACGUGGAUUUCCUGCUGGUUUACGAUCUUCUAAAGCGCGAUGCCAAGGCGGCGAGUCUGAGCAAGUAUGAGGGAUAUUCCGAGGAUCUGCUGGUGGAGCUGCACGCGUUGUCCCAGGUUUCUGCCGCCAGGCAAUUGCAUACUCUCUUUAAAAGGAUGCUGGACCGGGGCGAUAUCCAGCGCAGUGACGUGGUGGCCCGCGUCCAGGGAAUCGCCAAAGAUCUGGGGAAUCCCAAAAGCGCCACUUCCAAGGCAUUGACUUUUAUUCCCAGCAUGCAGUUUUUACCUUAAGCUCCUAGGAUAAGUUACAAUAAA